AUGCAGUCCAUGCCAACACUGCUCAAGCACUCACUCCGGUCCAACCUUCAACUGCAAUUAACACGAUCCUCCCCGGUGCGAGCACAUUUCCGUCCGGCAACCUCAACCUUUCCCAUCACCAGACCGACUCCGCGGAGCUUCUCCGCCUGCGUACAAUGUCAAUUCCGCCGACAGCCAGAGACAUAUGCUGCCUUUGACGACAGGGAGAAGUUUCCUAGUGAAGCUGAGAAGGUCAUUAGGGAGAGAGAGCUAGAGCUUGGUUCACGCGAUCCGGCCCCGAUCCCGGGUGUUGAGGUGGGGAGUUCUCAUGCUGCUCCCCCUCACACAGAGCCCGGUUUGACAGCGGAACAAUCAAAUACGAAGGAGGCAGAAGUAGAGAAGGAGAAAUAUGCACAGCAUGAGCAAGAUGUCAUUGAGGCCGAGGCAAAGAGUGGAGGUCUUCCUUCCUACCUGGAAAGCCGGCGCUCCCAAAUGUCCAAACAAUUUAGCACAAUGAUGGACAACCUGCAAUCAAAUGUCUUCGUGGCAGGUCAAAGGCUGAACGACUUGACCGGCUACUCCAGCAUCGAAGCCCUAAAGAACGACAUCCAGUUCCAAGAGAGCCGCCUUCGCACAGCCAGAUCCCACGUCAAACAAGCCAAAGAAGACUACGCCUCCGCCAUAAACCGCCGCUCAACCUCCCAACGCGAAGUAAACGAACUCCUACAACGCAAACACGCCUGGUCCCCAACGGACCUAGAACGCUUCACCCUCCUGUACCGCAACGACCACACAAACGAAGUAGCAGAAACAGAAACUUCGCACGCCCUCUCAGCAGCGGAACGCGAAGCCGAAGAAGCAGCCGCACAACUAAGCAAGAGCAUCCUCUCCCGCUACCACGAAGAACAAGUCUGGUCCGAUAAAAUCCGCCGCAUGUCGACAUGGGGGACAUGGGGUCUGAUGGGUGUCAACGUACUUCUGUUCCUCGUCUUCCAGAUUCUCGUUGAGCCGUGGCGGAGAAAGAGACUUGUCAAGGGCUUUGAGGAUAAGGUUGUCGAGGCGCUUGAGAAGGAGAAGGAGCUUAAUCGCGCUUUCUUGGCUGAGACCGCUGGUGCACUUUCGGCUAUCCCGUCUGAGGUUGUCGAUGCUACGUCUGAUACCGAACCUUCCACUGUAAUUGAGGAUGUGCCCGCGGCUGUGAAGGAGAGUAUUCCUGAUGCUGCCAAUGAUGCUGCGGCUGCCCCCUCAGUGGUUGGAGUUGCAUCGGAUGCGAGCGCUACUCCAGCCCAGUCACUUCAGUCUCGUCUGUCGGGUAUCUCUCACCCGCCUACCUCUGUCGAAUACUGGAAGUCAGCCUUCCAUGAAUUCUUCAGUGAGCGCAGUGUAGCUGUCUCCCAGCGUGAUAUUACGACAGUCGCGCUUCAGAGUGCUGCAACUGGUGCUGCUCUCAUGGGCCUCCUUUUUGCCCUUAUUAGAUCUGGGUAA